GCACCGGAGACCAAAAGCAGCAGCCAUUGGUGAGGGCUGCAAAACGAGAAAGCAGACGGAGUUUGCGUCACAGCUGAACCCGCGUCAGGCAGCACGUACAGCAGCGGAGGUGGCACAGCGCACCUUCUGGACCCGAAAUGGGGCUCCCCACUCGAGCUCCGAAGGAGACGCGGGUUGCAAAUGGCGGCGCUCCAACGGCCUGCGCACCACAACUCCCAUGGUGCCCCGGGGCGGCCGUCUCCGAGGCGACGCGGCUCCGCCCUUCCCCAGGUGGCGGCCAGAACUACCCUUCCCGCGCUGCCCCGCGCGCUAUGGAGGAGCGCGUGGCGGAGCGGCUCCGCGGCGCGCUGGGCCCGCUCGGCUUCGAGGUGCACGCCUUCAAGGUUGGAUGGUACAAUGCAGUUCUCCAGCCAGCCUUCCAUCUCCCCUACCCGGAUGACACAUUGGCCUUCGUUGUCCUCAGCACGCCUUCAAUGUUUGACAAAGCCCUUAAGCCUUUUGUGAACAAAGAACGGUUAAAAAUAAUCAGGGAUCCUGUGGAUCAGUGUGUCUCUCAUCAUUUAUUGAGUGUGAAGGAGAUAUUCCCUGACCAGAAAGUGGAUGUCAUCUUUGAUUACGAGAUUCUGCCAAGCCGAAGGCCCAAGUUCUUGGCACAAACAGCUGCCCAUGUUGCUGGAGCUGCAUAUUACUACCAGAGGAAGGAUGUGAAGCUUGAUCCCUGGGGGGAAAAGAAGAUCUAUGGCGUAUGUAUCCAUCCCAAGUAUGGAGGUUGGUUUGCUAUCCGGGGUCUCCUCCUGUUCCCAGAUAUUCAGGUACCAUUCCUGGAACAGUCUGCCCCUGUCGACAGUGUGAGCACAGAGGAGAAAAGAACAGAGCUGCUGGAGCUCUUCAAUUUCCACUGGCAGGACGGCCGCUACAGGGAUAUCAUCGAAGUGAAGGAAAGGUACUCGGAGGAGCAGAAAACCUACUUUUCCACUCCUCCAGCAGAGAGAUUGAGGCUGCUAGGGCUGACACAUUUCACAGAGUAGUGUGGUUCCAUGAAGGUCCUGGGCACAGGAGAAGCGUAACUCACCAGUGCGUUCUAUUCCAUGCUGCUGAGGAGGAAGGCGUGCUGAUAGGGACUGAAAAUCCAAGCAUUGCGUACAGCGUCUAAAUCCAAACUUCAGCUUUUCAGAUUUAAAGGGGGCACUGCAUCGUAGCACUUACGUCUGGAGGAAGGUGGAAGCAGUCAGUUCCCUUGCUGUUGCUGAUUUUUGGGAAUCCCAUUAAGAUACCCAUUUGUCUGGCUGGGCAAAGCUCAGACACCCUGGCAAUGGGAAAACUCAUGCUGCUUGUUAGAAAAGUUAUGUUUUUUCCUCAAGAAUUUCUUCUCCCAAGAUUUUGGCUUUAUUUUAUGUAAGAGUGAAAAAGUUAUUUAUUGUCAUAUUCUGAAAUAAUUUCUUUUGGUCUGAACUCGGGGCAGAUGCUUCUCAGAUGUACCCAGCAUGUAAUUUUCCUGUGUCAUAACUCUCUGGGGAAUACACGUUCAGUCCUCAGAAGAAAAAUUUUCUGCAUUCCCUCACUUCUAAUGAGGCUGGCUUAUUUUAAACAAGAAGUCUUUUAAUGUCUCCAUUCCUUAACCUCCAAAAGAAAAUUCCCCAGAGGCUGUUUCAUUGAUUUGCAUGGUCCUGUGCAGGAAGCGUAGUUUUGAAAGGCAAAGGGACAGCGUGAAGGUCACGGCUCGAGUCUGACACGUUUCCUCUUCACCCACGGCCAGCUUCUCAGAACGAGGUGGAGGCUUUAGGUCAGUAAGCACUUACCCAUUGCACAGAGCAGCCUACUAAAAUCUUGGGGACGACACUGCAUAAUGCCUGGGCAGAGUUUUUACACUAAGAUAACUAACUGAAGAAGGCAGUUCUCAUGACCUUUUUCAAAGGUGGAUGAGAUUUUAAUUUAAAAUACUGUCCAGUGCCGUGCCAGUAAUACCACAGUUGUAAUACUGUAGCUUCCUGUUGUACUUUCUAGAUGAAGGAGAUCAUAAGCUUGCAUGCACUUAAAAACCAUUACAUGAAGUGGUGUUGCAUUCAGACAAGCAGGGAAAGAACAGGGAAAAAUUCAUGACAUUCACCUCACUUAUGUUGCUGGUCAAUACAUUUUCAGAUAAUUUUUUCUUUUUUUUUUUAAGAUGACUGUUCGGUUAGACUUGUUCAUAGGUCACAGAGGCAGGGGAAUGAAGAAUUAAUUUACCUCAGAGCACUUUAAGGCUUACGCCUCGUUAAAAUAAUAGAAUACGUUAGAAGAAUGUAUUGUGGAGGUUCUGUUACUUGGCUGCAGCGCGGAGCACUUCUUCCCUUUGGAACCAACGUGGUUAUGCAAAACCACUCCCUGUGCAGAACUGAGCCCUUUGUUUUGUGUUGGGGUUCUUCAUCUCUUUUGGAGACCCAGGCGCUAAAGCUGCCCUCACAAUAAGUCACUGCUUGAUGGAAUUUUUUGUAGCCUAUAUAGUGAAUCAGCAAGAUCAAAACUCAGCCUAACUAGUCUGCUAUUCCUCUAAACAGAGCAGCGAGCAUGUGAUCACUGGCUAUGUGAUCGCUGGCUUUGUUCAGUGUAUUUGUUGCUACAGAAACGUGUUUGUUACUUUCCAUGCCUUGUUUGCAACUGGCGAAGGCAGACAGCUGACAAUAUCACUGUUUUUAAGUUAAACAAAAUAAUUAAAUUCAGUUGUUUAAAUUCUGUUUUCAACCAGAAAUAGAUCUGUAACAAUGUUGGUUAACCUCCCAGAGCUUCCCAGCUCAACUGGGAUUUAAGAGGGACUUGAGCCGAUGGUUCGUAGUAGUAGCAUAUAUAAAAUAUUGACUCUCUUAGAAGGAUAAAUAGUGAUGUUCUUAGGGGGACAAACAGCGGUUCUCUUAAAGGAUCAAUAGAGAAUGGAAGUUGAUUUAUAGUUUUACAUGAUAGUUUAAAGUGAAAAACAUUUUUUGGUUGAUUUCUUACAAAUAUUUAAUAUUUUGCCUUACUUCACUCACUAAAAAGAUUACUGGAACUAUUUCUUUGUAAUUUUUUCGUAAUUUAUUUCUUCACUUACACGGUAUUUCGGUUAAUAAAAUGUCCAAGGUGCAAGUAAUCCUGAGAACAGAGUGUUUUUAUUUAAGCUAUGCAAUGAUUAACUUGUGGAGAGCUAAGGAUGUUGAAGUAAAAAUUGAUCACCAUGUAUUUAAACACACAAAUAAUACUGAACUACCUCAGACACUCAGAAGUCAGCCUCUGAAAAGAAGAACAGUGAUCUGCGAAUGCUGUGAACUAUUAAGGGUGGCUCACCUGGGACACUGAAACACGGCGUAUCAGGAAUCAAGUCUAAUUAAGUGUAGUUGAUCUUCGUGAGGUCAUUUGAGCGAGAUGAUUUAACAAGAAGCACGCAACAAGGCACCUUGCUUUUCUUCCCAUGUUCUAGCAGUAACAAAGGUUCAGGGUAUCCAUUGAUAGCUCAUCUGAGGGGUUUUCCUCUCAGUAACUAAAAGAUAAUACCUGUAAUUGUUGUAAUUUGUUUUGUAAUGUAUCAGUGAUGUUAUGCCAAAUAAAGACAAAUCUGUGUUCUUGA